GCCUUCUCGCGUCCCAGAUCACGAGCUGACUCAUGAUCGGGCCUCUUACGACUUUGAACAACUGACCUAGAGAUCCAAACACAAUACUCAAUCAUUGAGCCUUUCUCGUGCGACGCUGCCGACAUUUAGAAGAGCACUGGGAGAUUCUCGCUCAACCUUUUUAACUGUACGCUGAAAGUCGCUCACGAACGGGCGAAAUGUCCACAAGUGCAAUGAACCUGACCCCAGGCAUCCACAUCAUUACUGACGCCACGCCCGAUGCGUCAAUUGUUCUAUCCGGCAUCGCCCACCUCCAUGCCACAUGCAUCUUAAACGACGGCACCCUUGCGACUUUCCUCCCGCCUUUGUCUCACGAGGUCAUCUACAAGUGGUGGCAAGAGCGGCUCGUGGAAACCACCGCCGGGCAACGACACAUCCUUGUCUGUAUCAGCGAGGUCUCGCAGCGAACAGGAAACCUCCCGGCGCCGUGGUCCGCCGAAGGUCGCGAUUGGCCCGUCCUGAAGAAUGGGCUGGAAGUCUCGGGUGUCGUAUCACUUUCUACACCGUUCAGUCAGACAGGCCCGUUCCGGGCGCUUGUCCAGAAAUUGUUCGUGUCUCCGUUGCACAGAAGGCAGGGCAUUGCGCGACGGAUGAUGGUCAAGCUCGAGGAGGUGUCGAUGACUUCCGGGCGGUGGAAUCUUAUGCUCGACACAGAGCUGGGCAGUGAGGCGGAGAAUGUAUAUCCGCGGCUUGGGUAUGAGAGGCUAGGCGUGGUAAGGGAGUAUGGGAUUAGUCCGAAAGACGGGAGACUGGUGGAUGAGGUUUGGUUUUGGAAGGAUUUGAGGAAGGGAAGGCUGGAAGCGAGAGAUUAGGAUGGCAGACUUCCCGUUCUAGAGAAGGAAUAUUACACAAACUGUAGCUCCAUGAUGCUCGCUAGAAUAGCUGGGGCUGCCGUGCCAGGAGAGCAGUGAUCAAGGACAAGGCAACCAUAAGGCUCGCAAACAGGAGGCUCGACGAGGCUGAUACAUU